GAAUUUUAAAGAAAAAGCCCAUCCCUUAAAUUCCAGCAAAAUCUCUCUGUGCCUUCUUCUUCUUCUUCUUCACCAAAACUGUGUCGACGGCAGUUCCCCACUUGUGAAAAUCAAGCACUUCUCUCUCACUUUUAUUAUUUUCUGAACGCAAUGGUUUACAUAACUUCGUGGGACGACUUCGUUGACCGAUCCGUGCAACUGUUCCGUGCCGAUCCCGAUUCUACGCGGUAUGUAAUGAAGUACAGACACUGUGAUGGCAAGUUGGUUCUCAAGGUCACCGACAACAAAGAGUGUCUUAAGUUCAAGACAGACCAGGCACAGGAUGUUAAGAAGAUGGAGAAGCUGAACAACCUAUUCUUUACUUUGAUGUCUAGGGGCCCCGAUGCGGAUGUUUCAGAAGUUACAGGGAAAGAGCAGACAGAAGCACGGGCAGGGAAGAAAGGGAGGGGAAGGAAACAAUAACCUAGCUAGCCAUUGCUAAACAAAGAGGACUUGGACAUAUUUUACACAACUUGUCGGGAAUCAAACGAGUUUUUAGAGUUCUGUGCCUUCAGUCAUACAUUGGAAAACUGGGAAAAUUGCUGUUCGCUCCGAUGAUCCCAUUUAUUCUGGCAAUGAUUUUUCCUAAAAUUCAGGUCUAUUGAUGUUUCGCUAUUGCUGUUUAUGGUGCCUUUGUUUUGCCCUUUUUCCAAUUGACAUUUGUUUGAUUCUUGUA